AGCCUUUGUCAUUUCCACGGUUCGACCAAACACAACCAAUUAAAGAGGUAGGGUUUCCAAGUGACUGGAGGCGAAUGAACGUGGCUGCAACACCAGUGUCUAUGACACAGAAACAUUUGUUGAUGGAUUCUUAAACUUGAUUUGGCUGAGCACUUUGAGGAGAAUGAUGAGUAUCUAAGUGGCUCUGGAUUCUGUAAUUAUUUCUUUGCAGCGGCCUGCUGAAGUGUUUAUACUGUGGUGUUGGGUUUGAGCACCCCUUUGUGCUUUCAUUCAAUGAAAUCAAAAAAGGGAUGAUGUGUGUAUUUUAAAUAUUGGGGUUGACAUUGAAGGUUGAUAAACAAUAGCUAUUGCAAGUUGUCUUGAGAAGUAUCAGGUCUGGAAUUGGACUAUGUUGAGAGAUGUAUUGAAAUUUGAUUAUGAAUUGUUAUUUGAAGUCAUUUGUAAGGAUCUCAUCUUAUUUUUCGAUCAGAGAAUCCCCAGUGGAAAGGAUUCAGGUGUUCAGCUACAGCAGCAGAGGAGAAAGUAGGAAUAACGGUGGAGGUAGAGAUGAAGUCGAAGAGGAAAUCAUUUGCUAUCACGCUGCAGCACUUCAUCUCAACCACAACUCCUUUAGUUGAUUUGGACGAGGUUCUUUUUUCCAUUCUCUUCUAUUUUUUAACUCAAUGGCACUAGUGAUUGCUUAUUCUUCGCAUGUUGUCGCUCUGCAACACUUUUGCUAUGAUGGAGGCCAAAGUGGUGUUUUGAUAGCCAUCUUUUGUAUUUAUUGAUAUCUUUUUAAAGACUUAGAAAUAGGAGUACUUGUUAGUGGGGAGAAUAGAGAAUCUGAUUGUUGGGUUUUGGAACCAUGGGAUAUGGGAGAAUAGAAUGACUUUUUCAUA